CUCGAUGGCCUGGGCGGCGCUGAACCCCCGCGUCGUGAUACAACUGUGGCUCUCAUUGGUUCUUGGUGGUGUUCGCCUCUGGGACUCGAAGACCAAUGGCAAGCCGGAGGGACCUGGACGGCAGAAGGGAGUGGUUCUGGUCACGGGAUGGGCGGCAACUGUUUUUAUUUCCGGAGUCGAAUCGCCGCCGUUAUAAUCGCAUCGCAGGCCAUCCGUUUGCCUGGCUGAACUUCAGCCGUCCCCAGUUAGGAUCGCCGGUUCUGCUGCACGCAAUCGCAUGGCUCGCAGGAUGGUUUGUCUCCCGCAGCAGCAGCAGCAGCCCACACGGAUUGGCACAGCUUUGCACAAUAAAACCGUUCCGGUGUCGUCUUGAGGGUUGGUUAGUGCUGUUGGUCGUUGUGAGGAAUCCAUCAUGUGUUGUUAAAGUAAGCUGGGUAGAGUCUCGAGGCAGCUACACGAAACACGCGACCAAGUAUUGGAAGAGGAAGCGAGAGAAGACUGGAAGGAAAAUGGGAAGGGGGAGGUGCACGGGUUGUGACGGGGCUUAUUUGACUGGAUUUUGAAGGCGUUCUUGUUGGAGGAUGUUGGGUACGCGCAG